AUGUUCAGACAAUCAAAAAGAAGGAUUGCUUCAAGGAAAAACUUUAGCCCAUACGAUGAUAUGGUCAAGAGUGAAUUGGAUAAAGGGAACGCAAAUGCAGCCAAUCAGGUUAUCUUAGGUUCCACAUCAUCUGAAGAAGAAAAAAAACUGUAUGCCAAAUUGUACGAGUCCAAAUUAUCGUUUUAUGAUUUGCCACCGCAGGGAGAAAUAACUUUAGAACAGUUUGAGAUGUGGGCCAUCGAUCGUCUCAAGAUUCUGCUAGAAAUCGAAUCCUGUCUCUCCAGAAACAAAUCCAUUAAGGAAAUCGAGACUAUAAUCAAGCCGCAACUCCAGAAAACACUGCCUUUCAAUACAGAGAGUUUGGAAGAUAAAAAAAAGGACUUUUACUCUCAUUUCAUUUUGAGAUUAUGCUUUUGCCGUUCCAAGGAACUACGGGAGAAGUUUAUUAGAGCUGAAACUUUCCUGUUUAAGAUCAGAUUCAAUAUGUUAACUUCCUCUGACCAGACAAAAUUCGUCCAGUCGUUAGCUCUACCCCUAUUGCAGUUCAUCUCCAGUGAAGAAAAAGCGGAACUCUCACACCAAUUGUAUCAAACAAUUUCAGCUUCUCUACAGUUUCAAUUGAACCUUAACGAGGAACACCAAAGAAAACAGUAUUUCCAACAAGAAAAAUUCAUCAAGUUACCUUUCGAAAAUGUGAUAGAACUAGUGGGAAACCGUCAAGUUUUUUUGAAGAGCGGGUACGCCUAUUUACCGCAAUUUCAACAACUGAAUUUGCUUUCUAAUGAGUUUGCCAGCAAAUUGAACGAGGAAUUAUUAAGGACCUACCUUUAUUUACCAAGACUUAAUGAAGAUGAUAGGUUACUACCGAUUCUAAACCAUCUCUCAUCAGGGUACACAAUUGCGGAUUUCAACCAGCAAAAGGCAAACCAAUUCACUGGGAACGUAGACGACGAAAUAAAUGCGCAAAGUGUCUGGUCUGAGGAAAUUAGCUCAAAUUACCCACUAAGCAUCAAAAACUUGAUGGAGGGCCUUAAGAAGAACCACCACUUAAGGUAUUACGGUAGACAACAACUGAGUCUGUUUUUAAAAGGUAUCGGGUUGAGCGCUGAUGAAGCUUUGAAAUUUUGGUCUGAGGCAUUUACGAGAAACGGGAACAUGACAAUGGAGAAGUUCAAUAAAGAAUACCGCUACAGUUUCAGGCACAACUACGGUCUUGAAGGUAACAGGAUCAACUAUAAACCAUGGGACUGUCACACUAUUUUAUCAAAGCCCAGACCCGGGCGUGGUGAUUAUCACGGAUGCCCCUUCCGUGACUGGGGUCACGAGAGACUAUCUGCGGAAUUGCGUUCCAUGAAGUUGACCCAAACGCAAAUCAUCAGCGUCCUCGAUUCGUGCCAAAAGGGUGAAUACACAAUUGCAUGCACCAAAGUGUUCGAAAUGACACACAAUUCUGCCUCAGCGGAUUUGGAGGUUGGAGAACAAACGCAUAUUGCCCAUCCUAACCUCUACUUUGAAAGGUCACGGCAACUGCAAAAGAAAAAGCUGAAGCUAGAAAAGGAAAAACUCUCUGAUAAUGGCAAUCAUUAG